AUGCCGAUGAGCGCAGAUGAGGUUUCGGAAACGUUCCCUAUACAUUGGCUUGUGUGGCACAAUAAUUACGAAGAGCUACGUGUUGCUUUAAACAAUAAAAAGUGGAGCUCUGAGGAACUAGAGACUCUUGACCCGCGUGGACGAACACCGCUUCUAUUGGCUGUGACUUUGGGUUAUAAUGAAUGUGUGCAUGCUCUACUUUCUGCUGGUGUAAAUGUGUGUUGUGAGCGGGAUGGAUGGACAGCAGUUCAAGAAGCAACUGCAAGAGGUGAUUGUGGAUUAUUAGCAGCAGUCCUUGCCAGGAGAGACCAUGCUAGACAUGCUGCCCGUGUUGCUGCAUUACCAGCACUGUUGAGACGACUGAGCCUGGCACCAGACUUCUAUGUUGAGAUGAAGUGGGAAUUUACUUCGUGGAUUCCACUGGUCUCCCGGAUCUGUCCAUUUGACACAUAUCGUGUAUACAAACGAGGGGCCAACGUGCGAGUCGACACAACGCUACUCGGUUUCCAUGACAACCAGUGGGAGCGCGGCGAUCGGACUUACAUCUUCUCAGGACAGGGUGACUCAGCAAAAUUACUAGAGCUGGACCACAUAGCUGGAACCGUAUGGACUGAAAGGGUAGAAGGAAGCGUCUCUGCCGAUGAAUGGCCACUCCCACAAGCUUCCCAUCUGAGUCAUCGUCUGCGCACACCUGUUCACAUUAACUACCUCGAUACAGAUAAGAUCUGCUUUGAGCGCAGCAAAAGUGGGAUUUGGGGCUGGCGUCAGGACAAAAUGGAAAAUGUCAACGGGUAUGAGUGCAAGGUAUUUAGCGCGAAUAAUGUGGAGAUUGUCUCGAAGACACGGUGGGAACACGUGCCCCGUUCUGAGAGGAGGACUGUGCGUGCACCGCCGUUAGCAGGGCUCCUUGCGGCCGCCGAUGAUGAGGGUGCCCCUCCGCCGCCGCCACCAGAUAGAGAAGAUGUCGCAGAUAUGCCCGACUUAAAUCCAUCUUGGGAGCAAUACUUCGAUGAGAGUGUGGAGGAAUGUGAAAUUGGUCGUCCGCGAGAAAUCACUUCAAAAGUGAAAAAGUUCCGCGCUACGUUAUGGCUUUGCGAAGACUACCCCUUAGAGUUGCAGGAACAAAUAAUGCCGAUCCUUGACCUCAUGGCAUCGAUAUCUUCCCCGCACUUCGUGAAGCUAAAAGACUUCAUACAGUUACAACUUCCAUCAGGCUUCCCGGUUAAAAUCGAAAUACCAAUCUUCCACGUGAUCAAUGCAAGAAUUAGUUUUGGAAACAUAUUUGCACGCGACACGAGCGUGCGAUACGUUGAAUGCGUGCCCGAAGGAGAUAGGUUGACGUGUCUCAUAGAUGACACUUGCUUCGCCAUAGGAAGGGGCUACCGGGAAGCUGGGCCCGUAUCAGAGGACAGAAUCGCCAGCAUCGCUGAUGAUGACGAGGAAUUGCUGCAUUACGCCAUACAGCAAAGUCUAAUGGAAGCAGGAACGCAAAGGGACCAGGUAGAUGUGUGGGAAGCCCUCCGAGGAGCUCGCCCUGCCACGCCCACUCCACCUGCCCUCGUUUCCACAGUCAAUGUGGAUGAAGACCUGGAACAGACUAUGCUGCAAAGAGCUAUUGCGGAGUCGUUGCGGAGCGCAGCGGGGGCAGAUGAGGAGCAAAAAGAGGAGAGUCCGGAAGUAGAAACUGUGGAAGGGGAUGACGAGCUUAAAGCGGCUCUAGCGCUGUCAGCAGCGGAACAUGAAGCGAGACGAGCGCAAAUAAGGGACGAACAGAAGGCUUUAGACGAAGUGUUACGAUUAUCGAUGAACGAUAAAUAG